AUGACUUCAAGUGGUCAUGAGAAAUCUAUGCCACUCUUCCGAUCCAGUGCCUCCCCCUAUCAAGCUUAUCGAGCCCGUCCGGUUGGAUUAGGAUACAUAUUUGCAAUAAGCUCCGGUCAUUGGUUAGUGAAUGGCCAAAGGGUCUGUGUGGGACUGCUGGUUCAGGUUGGCCAUCGAUUGCAAUAUAUAGGAAUGCGCUGUUCAGUGAGGGUAUAUCCUCCCAUGGGCCUCCUUGAGGAUAACUCCGAGCUGCCCAACCGAUGA